GCAGACGAUAAAGCACCUCUGUGCUCAGGCCCAGCCGCGUCUGAAGUCUACUCAAGUCUUCAUUGUGGCCGGUACUCUGCUGUUGACGCUGGUGAUAACCACAAUAUGUAUUGGGCUUACGAUGCGCUACGAGGUAGAUAACGAGGUGGCCAAUGUGAUGGAUGUGAGUUACUGGAAAGAUAAAGUAAGUCCGGAGCAGCAAUUUUGGUACGAUAAGGGGAUUGAGGAGCUCAGCCUGGCGCUGAGCGUAAACGAGGUGCCACAGCAUCCCAGAAAUGUGCUGCUGUUCCUUGUCAACGGUUUCGAUGCAAGCGAUUUGGCAGCAGCACGCUUCCCCGAAGCAUAUAGCAACACUCGUCCCUCGAACUACAUCUGGGAUAACUUUCCUAAUGUGGCAAGAAUCCGGAACAGCUGCAGCUUAAGAGAUGGCUGCGAUGCUGGGACUGUGGCCACGGCUCUCUUUGGCGGAGUGCGGGCCAAUUGGCACACUGUUGGAGUGGACUCCGCCGUAGCAGUCGGUAACUGCAGCGCCUCUCUGACUGCCAGCCAUCAAGUCCAGAGUGUGAUACGUCAGGCCCAGAUGGCGGGUCUGCGCACCGGCUUUGUAACUACGCAAAGGGUAACGGGUGCGACAGGAGCUGCCCUGUAUGCUCACUCCCCAGACAGCAGCUGGGAGUGUGACGCCGCCAUGGCUUUUUCGAGCGUUGAGGAAGGCUGUCGGGACGUUGCUCUACAGUUGGUCUACGGAGCUACCGGAUCUUCACUCAACGUUGUGCUUGGGGGUGGCCGACAAAUGCUGAGCACCGAGCUACCCAAAAACCUGUGGGAUAUUCCAGACGAGCUUCUCUGCCAACCGGCUGACGGCCGCAAUCUGCUACGCGAGUGGCAAACGGAAAAGCAGAAACACGCCAAGAGGUUCGAGCUCGUCCAGAGCGCCAGUCAACUUCAGGCUUUAAACGCCAGUAGUCUUGAUUACUUGUUAGGCGUGAUGGCAAAUGGAGACCUGGAAAACAAUCCACAGGCACCGAAGCUGCAACUCAUGCUGGAUAAGGCACUGCAAGUGCUGCGUCUUGAAGAAGCCGGAUAUCUGCUUGUCGCAGAGCAGUAUAUGAGCCAGAGCGUAGCUGAAGAUCAGUUUAAGGUGCUGCGGUCUCUCAAUGAAACGAUAACAACGCUAAUACAGAAUGCGAAGGAAACCCUGUUUCUCGUGCUGUUCACCAAAGGGGACUACAUGGAGUACGGUUCGGAUACUAGCGGCGAAAAACCAGCUGUUGACAAUCUAUGGGAUGUGUUUGAGGAUGACAGUUUAUUAGAGCUACGACUGAAGGAAAUGUUUUCGGAGAGUGUCCUGUUUGCCAAAGGACCCAAAUCUUCACUCUUCUACGGAGUGCGCGACGACACUUACUUGGCACAUGCCCUUGCCUAUGCCUUGAAAAUCGCUCCAUUAACAAAAGGCUAACUAUGAUUCAAAGGCAUUGUUUAGAACUUUUGAAACUCAUUGAUUAUAAGCAUUGCAUUGCAAUUACUAUUCAAGGCAAGAAAUAAAUAGAAAAUAUUAAAAACCACGAAUUAUGGAAGCAUAAAAGGAACUGUCCAAAAAUUAUAAUAUUUUCUGUAUGUUAGGCCAAUUAUGCACAAAAAAUAAAUAUAAUAUACCUGUAUAUUCCACAAAAAGUGUAAAUAGUUUAAAAAUAAAGCGCAAGUACCAUUGAUAAACUUUAA